CUCUCUCUCUCCGUCUUCCUCACCCACCCCCUUUCUCUCCGUCUCCCUCGUCCCUACACCUCCAGUCUGCUUCUGUUGUCUCGGCGGAUUGUUGGUCGCUUGUGGGAGAGAAAGGAUAUCGCGAGUAUUGGAGUUUUGGUGAGAGUUUGUUGAAGAUGGCGCCUGUUGUGACAGGGAAGUUCGGGGAGCGCCCUCAGCCACAGCGCCUAACAAGAGAAGCGAUGAGGAAUUACCUGAAGGAGCGAGGUGACCAAACUGUCAUGAUCCUGCACGCAAAAGUUGCACAGAAAUCCUACGGUAAUGAGAAAAGGUUUUUCUGCCCUCCCCCCUGUGUUUACCUGAUGGGCAGCGGCUGGAAGAAAAAGAAGGAGCAGAUGGAGCGAGACGGCUGCUCCGAGCAGGAGUCGCAGCCCUGCGCCUUCAUCGGCAUCGGAAACAGCGACCAAGAAAUGCAGCAGCUGAACUUAGAGGGAAAGAAUUAUUGCACAGCCAAAACCUUGUACAUAUCCGACUCCGACAAGAGAAAGCACUUCAUGCUGUCCGUCAAGAUGUUCUACGGCAACAGCGCCGACAUCGGUGUCUUCCUCAGCAAGAGGAUCAAAGUCAUCUCCAAGCCUUCAAAAAAGAAGCAGUCCCUCAAAAACGCAGACUUGUGUAUCGCAUCAGGGACCAAGGUGGCACUCUUCAACCGGCUUCGGUCCCAAACGGUCAGCACACGCUACCUCCACGUGGAGGGCGGCAACUUUCACGCCAGCUCCCAGCAGUGGGGCGCCUUCUACAUCCACCUGUUGGAUGACGAGGAGUCAGAAGGAGAGGAGUUCACUGUGAGAGACGGUUACAUCCACUACGGUCAGACAGUCAAGCUGGUGUGCUCGGUCACGGGCAUGGCGCUUCCCAGACUGAUAAUCCGUAAAGUGGACAAGCAGACGGCGCUGCUGGACGCUGACGACCCGGUCUCCCAGCUACACAAGUGUGCCUUCUACCUGAAGGACACAGAACGCAUGUACCUGUGCCUUUCCCAAGAAAGGAUCAUCCAGUUUCAAGCCACUCCAUGCCCAAAGGAACCAAACAAGGAGAUGAUCAACGACGGCGCCUCCUGGACAAUCAUCAGCACAGACAAGGCCGAAUACACUUUCUACGAGGGCAUGGGCCCCGUGCACUCACCUGUCACCCCUGUGCCUGUGGUAGAGAGCUUACAGCUUAACGGCGGUGGAGAUGUCGCCAUGCUGGAGCUGACGGGACAGAACUUCACUCCAAAUCUGCGGGUCUGGUUCGGAGACGUUGAGGCAGAGACGAUGUACAGGUGUGCGGAGAGCAUGCUGUGCGUAGUGCCCGACAUUUCGGCUUUCCGCGAGGGCUGGCGCUGGGUGCGGCAGCCGGUCCAGGUGCCCGUCACGCUGGUUAGGAAUGACGGCCUCAUCUACUCCACCACACUGACCUUCACUUACACGCCGGAGCCAGGGCCGCGGCCCCACUGCAGCGCCGCCGGAGCCAUCCUGCGGGCCGGAAACUCCAGCCUGCUCAGCAACAGCAGCAGCCAGGACGCCGGCUCUGGCGUCUACGGCCCCAACAGCACCUCCAACGCGGGAGUCACGUCCUCGUCCUCCACCGCCGCGGCCGCUGUGGUCUCCUAACGCACACCGGGGGGGGGCCACAACACAAUAUGCCUUGAGAGGAAACGUAUCGCAAGGCGUAUAAAGACUAUGGGAAAUUAUAAACAAAACAAAAAAAACUGACUCACUCUUUUAAGUGCUGCGUUUGGAUUUUGGAUACAAAGGAGCUGAAAUUGGCAGGAGAAGGGAGCAAACGCAGGGAAAUAUCUGAAGGAGGAGCAACAUUACAACGUUUUCAGCGAAUGGGAAUACGCGGAAGAAAGAAAAUAAAAAAAAAAAGUGCUCCUUGCCACGCUCCCCUCCCGUGGUUACUUUAGGGACCUGCCUUUCCAGUUUGUGGUGCUUAGAAUGAGAGAAGUUCCUGCAGGCUCAGAGUACCAGCACCUUUCUACGGGGGGGGGGUUGGGGAAUAAACCACAACAACAAUACAUCCAUUGUGUACAAAAUAUUCUCUUGAGAGGAAAAGUAUAUUUUUUGCACCGCCCAAAGCCCCUCCCACUUUUUGUUUAUAAAUAUUUCUUUUUGUUUUUUUUUGGUUGUUUUGCCUUCUUUUGUGGUUCCCUAAAGGGCGGCUGGAUGUAAUGUUGUUGGAGGGAGCGCAAGGAUGCAGAGGGACACACAGAAAACAUGACGAUGAAAUAGUUUUUAUGGACCAAGGAUCUUGUAUAAGCUUUAGUAAAGGUACAUUUUUCUCCAUACCUUUUUUGUAUUAAACAUAUAGUACACUUUUGUUACCAAAUAGUUUCUAUUCUUCCUCUGAGCCCGGGCUUUGUUUCCCCCCUUUUUCAAGGUCCAAAAAACCCGGCCUGUAUGUUAUUGUGACCUUACAAAACGCCUGCUUUUUCAGUCUUUGGACUGACCUUUUUGUUGUUUUGAUACUCUUUGCUUCUUCUUUUGGGGAAAAAACAAAUCUGAAGUCUGGGUUGUUUAUUUACAUCAGCAAAGUUUUUUUUUUUUUUUUUUUCUUUUUUAAAUGGGGAUUAACCUCAGAGGGCCUAUGUUUUGUUAUUGGUUUUUUUAUGAAGUCUUUAAAAAGAAAAGCUUUAAGCAACGCCUCUGCCUUGCCUGCAAUACUCAACAUGUGCGCUACGUCUCCUUAUACACAUCAGUACAUCUCACACGGAGCCAUAGCAACGUUUGCAGAAAACGUCAGAAAGUAGACUUCCACGGUUACAAAAACAAGUCAUCUUUAAUGUACUUCAAAGAUAGCCUUAGUACUGUUUAUUCUUACUGUGCACGCAGUCAGAAGGGUCACAUAUCUACAGUCAUAUCCUGUAAUCUGUCGCUCUAUUGGUCACUGUUAACGCAUCAGAUAACGUCGGGAAACCUAGCGAGGUGUCUUCCAAGUGUGUGCUGUACUUCUUCUGGCAUUUAACUCCAAAAAGACUUUUCAAUUUGAUGUGGCCUUACUGAUAACUUUAAUUACUACAAAAAAAAAAACAUCCUUCAUGCUCUCUUAUCUGCUGUUUACUCACCAUGGAAGAACCUGUGCAUAGCACAAAAACAAAAAAACAAACGCCUCGCUUCCUAUCACAGGAGCUCUGCUGUUCCCCGAGCUCAUCGCUGCAGCUUCACUCUAAAGCAGCCUUCUGAAGGACAUCUACGCCUUCUUUUGAUGGUGUACAAGUACAACUACACCCGUCUUUUUUUUAAUUAUUAUUCUCAUGCGGUGCCCAGCACCUUUUCACUUUUGGUACAACGUCUCACGAGCGCCGUAAAAGCUCUUUUCAGCCUUCUUUUUUAAGAAAACAAACAAAAAAAAAAAAUCUCCUGUAGUUUUAUUAUCUUUGCAGAAAAAAACAAACAAACAAAGCAUGUGUUCAUUGUUAAACUCGCUGUCCGAGUUAGUUGCACUCAUUCGUAUCCAUGGCGACUGCUGCGUGUCCUGCAGGAGCAUAAAGGCCUUUAAAUGUGUAUUAUCGAGGAUGUGCGUUUCCCAAACAUAACAGCAAUAUUGUACAUGUCAUUUCAUUGUCUUAGUCCGCCUGAGCACUAGUUCACCAGCCAGCAAGUGUGUGUGUGUGUGCGUGCGUGCGUGCGUGUGUGUGCGUGUGUGUGCGUGUGCGUGUGUGUGCGUGUGCGUGUGCGUGUGCGUGCGUGUCAUAUGUAGUUGCUGUAAUGGAAUGAGUCAGACUCGCUCCAUUUUAAAGAGUGCUCUCCAAAAACAAAGAAAAACCUUGAGAUUCUUCGGGGGUUUUCUGUCUUCCACCACGAUCCAAAAUGUCUGAUGAUUUUGGAUAAACAUUUUAAGGCAAUACUUGUGAAUUUUGAAGUAUUACAGUACGACUGUAUACACAACCGGCAAAACAAAAUGAACAACGAGACUGUAACUUGAAUGUCUGCUGAAAAUGAAGUAUUUUCUUCUUACAAACAAAAAAAAAAAACACCCCUUGAAAUAGGAACAAAAAAGGAUUCGCUUGCACCCUACCAAUGUAAAAGAAAUAGAUUAAGUUAUGCCCCCUUUACACUACCCUCGCCCACCUGUCAGUCAUUAAUGUUAAAUGUUUUAUAUUGUAAAAUUGAUAUUUUUUAAAUUAUUGGUACAAAGUCUCCCCCUUGUCUUAUGUCAAAAGAAAAAAAAAAAAAAAGAAAAGUGCAUUAUCGCCCAUGCUGCCUAGGUCGGCCUGGGAGUGUAUUUAACAAAAAAAAAAAAGAAAAAAAAAGAAAGAGGCCACUGCCUGUCUAUCCCGGAAACCGUGGAGGAUGUCGUCGGUGCUGCAGCGACAAGUGUAGCAUCCAAAUAAAUUUCUGCGCUUCUUCCUGAACCCUUUACUCUGCAGGAUGGAGGUCACAAAAUCUUAACUGUAGAUUUCUAACUUGAGUGUUUUUAUCCUUUUAUUUUUUUUGUUUUGUUUACUAGCUCUACAUUAAGCGAGUGUUUUUUUUUUUUUUUAACAAAGCCUCUGCAUUUGCGUCACACACACCCCCUCCCACUCUCCCUCCCUAGAGCCCCGAUAUUUUUGGGUUUUUGUUUACAAGUCGAGACGCCUCUUUACCUCCUCCCCCCCCCCCCCCCCCCGCCUCUUCAUCAUCUCCUCACGCGAGUCUGAACAGAGCGGCUUUGUCACAUUUGCUCAAGCUAAUAAAGGGGGUGAUGCAUGCUG